GGUUUAUUUUGCAGAUUUUCCUAUGAUUUCCCAAUUAAACAUUUGCAUUUUGUAGCUUAAUUAUUAGAGUGAGAACCAUUAAUGAACAGCCAGCUCGAAUCUUGGAUUAAAGUACAAUUCCUCUCUCUACUGUCUACACUCUACACCACUCUCUCUAUUACUUUCUCUCUCUCUCUCUCUCUCUCUCUCUAUACAAGAACUGAACUGUAGUACUGCACUCAUCACUCACACAAACACACACCACACACUGGUUUUUAGAGAGAGAAAGUUAAGGGAGUGUUUGGCAUUUUAAGAUGGUUUUGAGCUCACCGAAAUGCCUUUGGUUCUCACUGUCGGUGUUUGCCUUUCUCUUAGCUUUCUCAUCUGCUGCACUAGUUGAAGAUGGCGCGCUUGUGAAUGGCGAUUUUGAAACCCCACCAACCGGCGGCUCCUCUUCAGGCGGCGGAGUUUCCGACGGCGCCGCGGAGAUCCCCGGCUGGAAAACGAACGGCACGGUGGAGGUGGUGGAGUCCGGGCAGAAACAGGGCGGGAUGAUACUCAUCGUGCCGCAGGGGGGACGCGCGGUGCGGCUGGGGAACGACGCCGAGAUCAGGCAGCAGGUGAAGGCGGAGAAGGGGUCUCUCUACUCCGUCACGUUCAGCGCGGCCCGCACGUGCGCCCAGCUAGAGUCACUCAACGUGUCGGUCCCGCCUGCGUCGCAGACCAUCGAUCUGCAGACGCUGUACAGCGUCCAGGGCUGGGAUUCGUACGCCUGGGCUUUUCAGGCGCGUGAGGAUGACGUGGCGGUGGUCUUUAGAAAUCCCGGUAUGGAGGACGACCCCACCUGUGGGCCCAUCAUUGAUGACGUGGCUAUUAAGAAGCUCUUUGUUCCGGUUAAGCCCAAAGAUAACGCAGUAGUGAACGGAGAUUUCGAAGAAGGCCCAUGGAUGUUCAGAAACGAGUCACUCGGUGUACUUCUCCCCACAAAUCUUGACGAAGACAUAUCUUCUCUGCCAGGCUGGAUAGUCGAAUCAAACAGAGCCGUUCGAUACAUAGACUCGUAUCAUUACUCAGUGCCAGGUGGCAAAAGGGCAGUCGAGCUUCUCUCUGGAAAAGAAGGCAUAAUAUCUCAAAUGGUCCAAACGAAGCCAGACAAGACCUAUAGUUUGACUUUCUCGUUGGGCCACGCAUCGGACUCGUGCAAGCAGCCUUUGGCUGUGAUGGCAUUUGCGGGCGAUCAAGCUCAGAACACACACUAUAGUCCUAAUUCGAAUUCGACUUUUCAGACGGUGAAUCUGAAUUUUAGUGCAAAGGCCGAGAGGACUAGGGUUGCGUUUUACAGCGUUUAUUAUAAUACGAGGAGCGAUGACAUGAGUUCGUUGUGUGGGCCCGUGAUUGAUGAUGUCAGAGUCGAACAAUCUGGUUCGGUCGUGACUAGGAUUGGGUUGGUCUUGCUUUUGUUGUGCCAAUUGGUGGUGAUUAUGGUUUUGGUUUAGUUUGGGAGAGUAUGUAAUUAAAUUAUUAAACCAAGUUUUUACUAUGUUUAUGUUGCAUUUUAAGGAUUUUGGAUUUUUAAGUGCUUAUU